AUGGGCUUACCUAACUUCCUGUACUAUUAUGGGUUGAUGUGUACCGCACGAGGACUCAACAAACCAAAAACAUUCCGAGGUAGAGAUAAUAAGGAUUAUCUAGACAGACGUGUGGACGGACCACCACGGACCACCACGGACCACCACGGAUCACAGACCACCACGGAUCACAGACCACCACGGAUCACAGACCACCACGGACCACCACGGAUCACAGACCACCACGGACCACCACGGAUCACAGACCACCACGGACCACCACGGAUCACAGACCACCACGGACCACCACGGAUCACAGACCACCACGGACCACCACGGAUCACAGACCACCACGGACCACCACGGAUCACAGACCACCACGGACCACCACGGAUCACAGACCACCACGGACCACAACGGAUCACAGACCACCACGGACCACCACGGACCACCACGGACCACAACGGAUCACAGACCACCACGGACCACAACGGAUCACAGACCACCACGGACCACCACGGAUCACAGACCACCACGGACCACAACGGAUCACAGACCACCACGGACCACCACGGAUCACAGACCACCACGGACCACAACGGAUCACAGACCACCACGGACCACAACGGAUCACAGACCACCACGGACCACGGAUCACAGACCACCACGGAUGACAGACCCCCAUGGACUACCACAGACCACGGACCACCACGGACCACCACGGAUCACAGACCACCACGGACCACCACGGACCACCACGGACCACAACGGAUCACAGACCACCACGGACCACCACGGACCACCACGGAUCACAGACCACCGCGGACCAGGGACCACCACGGACCACCACGGAUCACAGACCACCACGGACCACCACGGAUCACAGACCCCCACGGACCACCACGGACCACCACGGACCACGGACUACGGACCACGGACCACCACGGACCACCACAGACCACCACGGAUCACAGACCACCACGGACCACCACGGACCAUGGACCACCACAGACCACGGACCACCACGGACCACCACGGAUCACCACAGACCACGGACCACCACGGAUCACCACGGAUCACAGACCACCACGGACCACCACGGACCACCACGGAUCACAGACCACCACGGACCACGUACCACGGAUAACAGACCACCACGGACCACGUACCACGGAUCACAGACCAAGAUAA